CCCCUCCGCCAGUCUAGAAGCCUGUCCUCCCGGCCGGUGGCCGGCGCCAAGGCUGCGAUCCCGGGUGCCGUGCAGUUCACACGGAUGACUCAGAGGUGAUACCUGUAUAAGUGUUUCAAGUUUUUUCCUACAAGAUGUGUUCCACAUAUCCAGCAAACUGGGUCACUUUUGAUGAUGAACCCCUCUUUCAGUCUCCUCAAAAAUCAGUGGAAAAUUGUAAUACCUGUAAAGCAAAUAGUCUUAAUCUCAAUCUUGCUAAUAUGCAUGAAUCUUCCAGUAGGUCAUCUUCUACAAGCAGCACUCCACUUUCUUCUCCUAUAGCUGACUUUUACUUAAAUCCUGGACCUCCUAGUAACUCUCCACUUUCUACACCUACCAAAGAGUAUUCAGGAAGUCCCUGUACCCCCAAAUCAGGAAUUCACAUUCUUUAUCCUAUUCCUGAAUUGUCAUCAAACAUUAACCUUCACCCACCACCUGGGACUUGUUCUUCCUUAGCUUUUCAGAAACUGAGCACUGCCGCUAACGAUAAUCCACCUAAGAUUUUAUUCUCUAAACAAGCAACCCCAGGUGAAAUAAAUCCUACUUACCAAGAAAGCUGCAAUAAAUUAGAAGAUCAGUUGGAAUUGGAACGCUUCCAAUAUUUUCAGAAUGACUGUGCUUUUUCAACUCUAUUUGGGAAAGAGGGGUGCUCAACUAGCAUGUCUCCCUGUAAUGUUGACACACAAAGAAAGGAUAAAAAGCUUUGCAGAGGUAUUUGCCAUCCUAAAGAAAAAGACACUUGCCAUGAUCAGAAAAGUCUCAAUCAGAAUUCCUUCAGUUAUGUCUGUGAAAGGCUUGAACAUUUGCAAACUGAUACUUUGGGAAGCCUGUCUGCCUCCAGCAUACAUGCAUGGCAUAAUCUCUCUUCUUUCAUUCCACACAGUCUCUUCAGGAGCCAAAAAAAAGAUGGUUGGCCUAUCAUGCUAAGAAUUCCUGAGAAGAAGAAUAUGAUGUCAUCUCGGCAAUGGGGUCCUAUUUAUCUUAAAGUCCUACCUGGGGGCAUUUUACAAAUGUACUAUGAGAAGGGCCUUGAAAAACCUUUCAAAGAAUUCCAGCUCCAACCAUACUGUAAACUGUCAGAACCCAAGCUAGAGAACUGUAGUGUUUCAGGAAAAAUCCAUACUGUGAAGAUUGAAUAUGUGUCUUAUACAGAGAAAAGAAAAUUCCACCCCAAAGCAGAAGUGGUCCAUGAACCGGAGGUGGAGCAGAUGCUAAAGUUAGGAACCACGGAUUACAAUGACUUCACUGACUUCCUUGCAACAGUUGAGGAAGAGUUAAUGAAGCUUCCAGCCAUCUGUAAGCAAAAGAGAAAUUAUGAGGAACAAGAAAUUAUACUAGAAAUAGUGGAUAAGUUUUGGGGGAAAAUCACUAAAACAGAAGGAAAACUCGUAGAAAGUGCUGUCAUCACACACAUUUAUUGUAUGUGUUUUGUGAAUGGCAAUACUGAAUGCUUUUUUACUUUAAACGAUCUAGAGCUUCAGAAAAGAGAUGAAUGUUAUUUUGACAAGGACCUGGAGAAGAAAUGGAUUGAUAUUCUUGACUACCAUUUCCAUAAGUGUGUCAAAACACAUGAGUUUGAGCAAUCUAGAAUUAUUAAGUUUAUACCCCAGGAUGCCUGUAGAUUAGAACUGAUGCGUUUCAAGACACUGUAUAAUGGGCAAGACCUUCCAUUUUCUUUAAAGGCUGCAGUAGUUGUUCAAGGAGCAUACAUUGAACUUCAGGCUUUUAUAAACAUGUCUUCUACUUCUCUGAUUCCAGCACGUUUGCAUUCCAUGAAAUACUGUGAAAAUGUCAUGAUACGCUUUCCAGUUCCUGCACAGUGGAUCAAAGCGCUUUGGACAAUGAAUCUCCAAAGACAGAAGUCCCUAAAAGCAAAAAUGAACAGAAAAACAUGCCUUGGUUCUUUACAUGAAGUUGAAUCUGAUCCUGUAAUUCAGGUCUCAAUUGGAACAGCAAAAUAUGAAAGUGCCUAUAGGGCUGUAGUGUGGAAGAUAGACAGACUUCCGGAUAAAAACUCAAGCCCAUAUCAGCCACACAGUCUGUCUUACAAACUAGAACUUGGAUCAGACCAGGAAAUACCUUCUGACUGGUAUCCAUUUGCAACUGUACAGUUUGACAUGCGUGAUGCGUGUGCCUCGGGGACUGAAGUAAAAUCGCUAGGCAUAGAGUGUGAUGUUCAGCCCCAGAAACAUUUGAACCAGAAAACUUGCUACAACUGCCAGGUUGAAAUUGAAAAGAAGUGGAUCAGGCUUGAUGGAGAAGACCCAGAUAAGGCUAGCAACUGCCUAAUGCAGUAAAAGGAGACGAGGCACUGUAAUACAUGGUUACGUGUUCUUUAAAUAUGAAAACAAUGAAGGAAAAUGUUAGUGGGUAUUAAUUUCCAUAGUAAAUAUUUUUUAUUGUAAGAAAAAGUGCAAUGAUCUAAUGUAUAAUAAAUACAGUAGUUGAAAAUCCACUUUUCACAAUUUUUGUAAUGCUUCUGGGUCUGAUACUGCAAAUUGUUAGUCAUUUAAUUAGCCUUAAUUCGAAUGAGCAGCCCAGUAUGGGAUUACUGGUGUGUGUAAGCACUGAUUGUACAGUUAGAGGUUUGCAGGACUGAGCCCUUAGUGUACAGACGGUAAUAUAUGUCUCUGCAAAGUAUCUAUUACUUGUGAAUGGUCUCAUGCUCCAUGAUGAGAACUUAUAUCGCUAUUCUAAAAAAAUUAUCUUUUGGCCGUAUCGAUAUUUAACAAUAAAAACAUCCAAAAUGGCACAAACCAGGACCUGGAUAGUGUGCAGCAGGAUCAAUUGCAUAUUUGAGUGCAGUUUGUAAAUCUCCAUGUUUGUGAACAGCACAAGCAUACACUUAUUUCCCAAUAAGAGUUUCCACAUAAUGUAGAGUGAGAGCAUUUCCUCAGGAAUAAAACUGCUAAUUCUCUCCCUUCAGGGGUUGUAAAUGUUGCUCUCACUGUUUCCUCUAAGAUUGUUGAAUGCAAAAUCUCAGGCAAUCUUGAUUGAAAUUCCCAUGCCAAGGUGAGGCUAAUUUAUUUCAGUGCCUCGGAGAGUGAACAGGGCCUGACCCUCAGCUGACAUAAAUCAGCAUAGCUCCAUUAAGUUCAAUGCAGCUUUGCCAAUUUACAUGAGUUGAGAUUCUGGCCUUAUGAGUUAUAAAGGUGGCUAAUCACUACUUGUUGUUUUUUGUUAUUUUGGAUGUCUUUCAAGACUCAAGUUCCAGAUGUUGGUUUGAAACUAGAGCCUGUACGGCAUCACUGCCUUGAACUGUAAGGCAGAGGGGAAUGCAAACGUACAGGGAAAGUUAGAAUUGUCCUUACAUUGCCAUCUAUAAAGGAAUUUGCUACAGAGGAAAAUUGAUGGUUAUAUUUAUAUACCAGGCUUUAGGGAUUUACAUCCUCUAGGAAUUUUUGUAUUUUUUAACCAGAAUUUUUUUUGUCUGGCUUUAUUUUAUGAUCAAAGUUCUGAUUUUUUAAGGCUUAAUUGUUUAAAAAUGUCCACUGAAGUUACCUGCGUUCAUAUGUGGUUUGACUUGGUGCUUGGGGCAGACAGGAAUACACACUAGGACCACUGGUAUAAUCGUACAUGAUGAUCAGUGUCUACUCAACAUAGCUCAGGACUGGAAGCACAAGUCAUCACUGAUUAUGUUGACAGAAUUGUGUGGGGAAGCAUGUCUGCCUUUUGCUCGGCUCCAGCUAAUGCUAUGGGCACUUAAACUCAUUCAACUACAUUGGUCACUUAAAAUGUCAACAUUUACUAACAUUACCAAAGAGCAAUUACUGUUGCUCCUUUGCCAAGUGGAAGCAGAAUUUUGAGAUCUUGCAGGUCAGUUUUACAUUUGGAGCAGAAAUCACUGAUGCAGAGUAAGGUAUUUUCUUAGUGUAAUUCAGCUGCGACACAACGCCAUCCAAGAUCACCUGGCCAGAGCCAUCCCGCCACCCAUGGGGAAAGUUACUGUAAACUCCACCAUCCCUGGAACCGACAGCCAACUGCGACUGGACAUCAUCAUCACCAACGAAGACCGGAAAAAGAUCAUCAUGGUGGAAGUCACAGUGCCGUUCGAGAACAGGACCCCAGCCUUCCACGAUGCCUGAGCUUGAAAGUUAGAGAAAUAUGCCCCUCUGGCUGAAACCUUGAGAGCUAAGGGUUACCAGGUCCAGACAAAUGCACUGAUUGUCAGAGCCUUAGGUGCGUGGGACCCCAGUAAUGAGUGAGUGCUGAGAGACUGCGGAAUCGGUCAACGCUACGCUUGGCUGAUGUGGCAACUCAUGGUGUUGGACACCAUCAGGUGGUCGAGGGACAUCUACAUAGAACACAUCACUGGACAUCAGCAAUACCAGGAGGGAUGAACUAGAGCGCCUAUGAGAAGUGCAGUCAGGAAAGUAACAAAUACUUUCCCCAUGGAUUGUAUUUUCUAAAUGGACAACCAACAUAAUUCUCAAUUACUGAGUGACAAUCUCCACUCAUUGAUAUAUUUUGCUUUCCACAACCA